ACAAGUAGGUUCUUGUGUUGUCAAAGUAAUAAUCCAAACAUUUUAUCGAUUAUUACUGUGACCUUAAUUUAUGCUCGUUGUAGCCUGUAACAACCAGAAAUGUCUUCGUUAAUGCAAAAGUGUAAUGAUGACAAUAUCCCUUUAGCUGAUGAUGACCCACAAGUAAUAAUUUCAGAUGAUGUCGAUAAUAAUCGCUUGGAUCACGGUAGGUCUAUGGACUCUCUACCUAGCUCCUACACCGGAUCUUCGAGCCCUGGAUUAAAUGGCCCUGGUAGUUUUGAGCCAGACUCUGGAAUCGAUGAACAAGAAGAAAAAGCACGGCUGAUAUCGCAAGUCUUAGAACUUCAAAAUACAUUGGAUGAUUUGUCACAAAGAGUUGAUUCAGUGAAAGAAGAAAAUUUGAAAUUACGUUCGGAAAACCAGGUUUUAGGCCAAUACAUAGAAAAUUUAAUGUCUGCAUCAUCAGUAUUUCAGUCUACUACACCAAAUGUGCAUAAAAAGUAAAUUAUUAAUCUGGCACUAAUUAUUUGCCUUGGUAUAUAGAAAGACUGAGAAGGAAAAUGCUUACAGAAUUAAACCUUUAUAAUAAUUGGGAUAAAUAAUUAUUCAUUUGAUAUUUUAAUAAUAUUUUUAUUUUAUUUAAAGUAAACUUAUAAAAAAAAGAAAAUUGAAAAGAAAAAAUACAACAAAAAAAGAAAUGAGCUACCAGUGAAUUUUACCUGUAAGAUAACAUUUUCCUUUUUCAUCUCGGCUAAUGUUAUUCACCUAGUUGUAAAUGUGGCACUUACCAGCUUGACAAUGCUGCCAAUAUUAAAAAGCUACAGUGUGUGUGGUGCUGAAAAAGGCUUUGUUUUUAAAAGCAGUGCUAUUAUAAAUUGAAAAUUUGUAUAAAAUAGGGUAAUUGUUUAAGUAACACUAUAUUUAUAUUAACUUUGUAAUUAUAUUUUUAUUUUCUUCUAGAACAUUUUUGUGACUAUGCUUUAGUGUAAAAUACCUUUAUCGAUGCAUUAAAAUCCUAUAGUUAAAUUAGAUAGAUAUAUUUAUAGCUUAAAAAUGUUUAAGACCAAUUAACAUUCUUCUAUAUUACAAUAAUACACUUUAAUAUACAUUCCACUCACAAAUUGUUUUAAUAUAAAAGCUCUCUUAAUAAAAUGAAAUCUCAAAAAUCAUGUAUAAUUCUACUAUUGUUUAAUCUAAUAGCUUUUAAAUAUAUUUAUUAACAAUA